ACCGCGGGCAUGUUUGUCGCUGGACGCUGGUAACUGUUCGAUGGCGAGAUUCUUACAAGCAAACUAUAGAAAUGUGUUGGCCACACAGUUAAGGAUGUCAUCUGACCAGUUGGGCGAACUUGGCAAAGGUGCAGGAAAAGGUGGCGGGGGUGGAGGGUCCAUUCGAGCGGCAGGGGGUGCUUUUGGGAAGAAGCAAGCGAUGGAGGAGGAGAUGUACUUCAAACGUAAAGAGAAGGAGCAGUUGGGAGCUCUGAAGGAGCACCACCAGGGAGAGAUGGACCACCACAAGAAGGAGAUUGAUCGGCUGCAGCAAGAAAUCAAACGCCAUGAAGGGAAAAUCAAAGAACUUAAAGACUGAAUGUGAUGGCUUCACAGGAGUGCUUAAAGCUUUGUUCCUGUUUCAGACUCGGUGAUCGCUUGUGUUGCAUGAUCUUUGCCCUUAAGUUCUACCUAUCUGAGUUAAAUAUGAUGUUAUUAAAAUGAGUGCUGACCUAAAUGUUGA